GCAAAAGAAAAAAUGGAGCAAAAAGAGGAGAGCAGCUCUUCCUCUGUCUUCGACUCAUGCCCCAUCUGCCUCUCCUCCAUCCUUGAAGAAUCCUACUUGGAUCAAUGUUUCCAUAAGUUUUGCUACAGUUGCAUCCUGCAAUGGACCAAAGUUGUGGGCAGUAAGCAUUGUCCUUGUCAAUCCUUUGUAAAAUGUCCCCUUUGUAAGAGAAAAAGUUCAUCGAUUAUAUAUGGGUAUGACGGAACUUCUUUCCAACAGCAUCUUAUCUAUCAGAAUUCAGAAUCUAGCAUUUUCUUUACAAAAGCCCACAAAUACAGAUUACAGUGCUACUACGUUGAGCCAGGUAACUCAAUCGGUAAUAUUGAUGUAUUACGCUAUUGGAAGUCCAACAAAUAUCGUCAGCCGAACCAGUGGCUAUCUAGUUGGGUGAGCAGGGAACUUCAAGCUUUGAUUCAGGAAAAAGAUGUUGACAUAAUUGUGCACCACAUUCUUGGGGCCAUAGAUUCAUGGAGAAGAAACGAGACAAAGGUGUCUAAAGUUUCACCGGCAUUAAAACAAGAAGAGUUCAAGAGUAUGGUAGCAGAUGUUGCAAAACCUUUCAUAAGAGGGAGAAUCGAUCGAUUUGUGAAUGAGCUAGAAAUGUUUCUGGCUUCGGGGUUGAACAUUGAAGCAUACGACAAAAUGUAUGUGAGCCAUAUGGGAUGGAAAAUUCCCGAGGUAGCUACUGAGGACGACGAAGAACCCAAUGAACGCAACCCACAAAUUCCAUUCUUGUGUUUUUCUGAUGAAGAUCUUGAUGAAAAUACUUGAAUGCUGCUUGCAAAUACAUUAGUUUUCUAGGGUUUCUUAAAACUCUUGUAUUGUAUUAGAAGCAGCAGGUUAAAGGCUGCCUUUUUGUCCUGUUAUAAUUACCAGAUCAAAGUACACUUUUAGGAAUGUUCACUACAUGUUGGCUGUCUUUUACCGGAUAAGAGGCGUGUAUCCGUUAAGAAGGAAUGUUGUUUACGAAC